AAGUUUUUCCUUACCCAGAAAUUAGCAAUGAAGAACUGGCAGAAAUCAACCAGUUUGUGGGACCUGUUGAAAAGUUCUUCAAUGAAGAAGUGGACUCGAAGAAAAUCGAUCAAGAUGCAAAAAUCCCACCCGAAACCUUACAAGGACUGAAGGACCUGGGUCUCUUUGGCAUGCAGAUUCCAGAGGAAUAUGGUGGGCUGGGCCUGUCAAACACCAUGUAUGCACGUCUGGGAGAAAUCAGCUCCCUGGAUGGCUCCAUUGCAGUGACCCUGGCAGCUCACCAGGCCAUUGGGCUGAAGGGGAUCCUCAUUGCUGGCACCGAGGAGCAGAAGGCCAAGUACCUGCCCCGCCUGGCCUCGGGGGAGCACAUUGCUGCCUUCUGCCUCACCGAGCCCGGCAGUGGGAGUGAUGCUGCAUCCAUCCAGACAAGGGCAACCCUGAGUGAAGAUGGGAAACACUUCCUGUUAAAUGGCUCCAAGGUCUGGAUCUCCAAUGGUGGCCUGGCCAGUAUUUUCACAGUGUUUGCCAGGACAGAGAUUGUGGACAAGGACGGGCAGGUGAAGGAUAAAAUCACUGCUUUCAUCGUGGAGCGGGACUUCGGGGGCGUCACCCAUGGGAAACCCGAGGAUAAACUGGGCAUUCGAGGCUCCAACACCUGUGAAGUACAUUUUGAAAACACCAAAGUGCCUAUAGAGAAUGUAAUUGGAGAAGUUGGAGGGGGAUUUAAGGUUGCCAUGAAUAUCCUCAACAGUGGAAGAUUUAGCAUGGGCAGUGCAUCUGCUGGAAUGAUUAAGAAGUUGAUAGAACUGACAUCAGAGUAUGCUUGCACCAGGAAACAAUUCAAUAAGAAACUCAGCCAGUUUGGAUUAAUUCAGGAGAAGUUUUGUUUGAUGGCUGUGAAAGCCUACGUGAUGGAGAGCAUGGCUUACCUGACUGCAGGGAUGAUGAACAGGCCAGGCUUCCCUGACUGCUCCGUCGAGGCUGCCAUGGUCAAGGUGUUCAGCUCUGAAGGUGCCUGGGCAUGUGUGAGUGAGGCUCUGCAGAUCCUUGGAGGCCUUGGCUACAUGAAGGAUUAUCCUUAUGAACGCUACCUCAGAGACACCAGGAUCCUGCUCAUCUUUGAGGGCACCAAUGAAAUCCUGAGAAUGUACAUUGCACUGACAGGGAUGCAGCAUGCAGGGAAGAUCUUAACUGACAAAAUUAAAGCAAUCAAGAAAGGAAACGUGGGAGUGGCGCUGGGGGAGUUCCUGACCAGGUUACAGGACACCCUGGGCAGGAAGGUGGAUCUGGGGCUUGUAGGUGACAGUGGGGUGGUGCAUCCCAGCCUCCAGGAGAAUGCCAAGAAACUUGAAGAAAACGUUUAUUAUUUUGGAACUACAGUCAGGGGCCUGCUAAGUAGGUUUGGCAAGACAAUAGUGGAUGAGCAGCUGGUGCUGAAGAGAGUGGCAGAUGUGGUGAUUAAUUUGUAUGCAAUGACUGCAGCCAUCUCCCGGGCCAGCCGCUCCAUCAGCAUCGGGCUCAGGAACCAUGACCACGAGGUGCUUCUUACAAAUAUCUUCUGCACAGAAGCCUAUUUCAAGAAUAAUUAUGCCAUGGCUCAAUUAGAAAAAUAUGCUGAUGAAAACCUGGAUGAUUCCAUUAAAAAAGCUGCAAAGCAGAUCCUGGAGAAGAGGGCAUACAUCUGCUCUCACCCUCUGGACAGGACCUUCUGAUUCCUUCCUGAGAGCAGGCACUCAUGAAUGUCAGUCAGGGAGGAAUUUGCUGCAGUUCCAGUAUUUGGCAUCUUAAAAGCAUCUGUUAUUUAAUGUCUUUACUAAAUGUAACUGUGUAAAAUAAAACUUCUUUCUAACCAAAAUUUCAUAGGAAAAGGAUAAAUACAGAGAUUUCAUUUAAA